AUGUCGUUCCUCUUCCGUGGUCCUUCUCCCACCAUUACCCAUCGAGUACCCCAUGGUCGUCCCACCUGUGCAAGUCUUCCCGUCCGUCUAACAAUCUCUCGCACCGCAAAUCCCACUGACAUACUCCUGCAGCAUACCAUCCGUGUCUUCAUCGAAUGUGAUGAAGAUUUCAGCUCUUUCAAAUCUGACUGUCACUGGAACUUUGACAGAAUCGUGAGACGAGCAAAGUUAAAUACGGAACAGGCGUCGGAAUGGACUUACUCCAUCUACUUUGAGCAGGGAACUGGGGUUAUGCAGAGCGAGCCGAUCAACGAGAAGAACUGGGAGGAGUGUAGGGGAGUGCUUCUCGACCAGGCUUGUGGGUUGAAGACGGUGGCGAGAGUUGACAUUGAGUUUGAGACUCUGCCACCUUGCUUACCAGCUCUAGAGCGGAAUGGAGAGUAG